AUGGCGAAUCCGUCAUCAGGCGUUGUCGUUCCACGAAACUUUCGUCUUCUAGAAGAACUUGAGCAAGGUCAGAAGGGAGUGGGCGAUGGGACUAUUUCUUGGGGUCUUGAGAGUGAUGAUGACAUGACCCUAACUCAUUGGACUGGGAUGAUUAUUGGUCCCCCAAGGACACCUUAUGAAAAUAGAAUGUACUCACUUAAAAUUGAGUGUGGCACCCACUACCCAGAUGAACCUCCCACUGCUCGAUUUAUAUCUAGAAUCAAUAUGAACUGUGUGAACAGUCAGACUGGACUUGUGGACAAUAGACAAGUUCCAAUUCUAGCAAGAUGGCAACGCGACUACACCAUCAAAACAGUACUGCAGGAGUUGAGACGUCUCAUGAUUUUAAAGGAGAACAUGAAGCUUUCACAGCCACCAGAGGGUAGCACUUUCUAG